GCCUCGAGGUCUGCGGUCGCACCUCGCGGGGCGCGGUCCUGCCGGGCCCAGUGGCGCGCAGCCGGGCCCUGCUCCUCGCUGGCCAGCAUGUCCUUCGUCGCGGUGGCCGAGGAUUCGGACUUCCCCAUCCACAACCUGCCCUACGGCGUCUUCUCCACCCCAGGCAACCCAAGACAGAGGAUUGGCGUGGCCAUUGGCGACCAGAUCCUGGACCUCAGUGUCAUUAAGCACCUCUUCACUGGGCCCAUCCUCUCCAAACACCAGGAUGUGUUCAGUCAGCCAGCUCUCAACAGCUUCAUGGGCCUGGGCCAGGCCGCCUGGAAGGAAGCAAGAGCAUUCUUGCAGAACUUGCUGUCCGCUAGCCAUGCCAGGCUCCGAGACGACACGGAGCUUCGGAGACGUGCGUUCACCGAUCAGGCUUCUGCUGUGAUGCACCUGCCAGCUAUCAUAGGUGACUACACGGACUUCUACUCCUCCCGGCAGCAUGCCACCAACGUCGGGAUCAUGUUCCGGGGCAAGGAGAAUGCACUGAUGCCAAAUUGGCUGCACUUGCCAGUGGGCUACCAUGGCCGUGCCUCCUCUGUUGUGGUGUCCGGCACCCCGAUCCGCAGGCCCAUGGGACAGAUGAGCCCCGAUGACUCUAAGCCUCCUGUCUAUGGUGCCUGCAAGCUCUUGGACAUGGAGCUGGAAAUGGCUUUCUUUGUAGGCCCUGGGAACAAGUUUGGAGAGCCGAUCCCCAUUUCCAGGGCCCAUGAGCACAUUUUUGGAAUGGUCCUCAUGAACGACUGGAGCGCUCGGGACAUUCAGAAGUGGGAGUAUGUCCCCCUGGGGCCGUUCCUUGGGAAGAGUUUUGGCACCACCAUCUCCCCGUGGGUGGUGCCCAUGGAUGCCCUCAUGCCCUUUGUGGUGCCCAACCCGGAGCAGGACCCCAAGCCCCUGCCGUAUCUCUGCCACAGCCAGCCCUACACGUUCGACAUCAACCUCUCUGUCACCGUGAAAGGAGAAGGAAUGAGCCAGGCAGCGACCAUAUGCAAGUCCAAUUUUAAGUACAUGUACUGGACGAUGCUCCAGCAGCUGACCCACCACACCGUCAAUGGCUGCAACCUUCGGCCAGGGGACCUGUUGGCUUCUGGAACCAUCAGCGGGCCGGAGCCAGAGAGCUUCGGCUCCAUGCUGGAGCUGUCGUGGAGAGGAACGAAGGCCAUCGAGCUGGGGAACGGACAGACCAGGAGGUUUCUGCUGGAUGGAGAUGAAGUCGUCAUAACAGGACACUGCCAGGGGGACGGGUACCGUGUCGGCUUCGGCCAGUGUGCUGGGAAAGUGCUGCCCGCCCUCCCGCCAGCGUGAGGUUGUCGGCGGUCCCGGACACCAGGAGCGCCGCGCCCCCCACCUGCGGCAUCAGCAGCCUCAGCGGCCUCUCUGUGGCUGUGGGCCUGGCUCUUCAUUAGUGGUAAAUAAAUCCACGGUGCUCGGCGUCCACGCGCUGAGCCCUGUGCUGUCGUGUGUGA